AUGGGAGUCUCAGAUGUUGAAUCUGUAAAGAUACAGGGACGAACGUUUGAAGCCGCUGCAUUGAGAAAUUUAAUACGUCCACCCGAUGAGAAGCCAGAUCUGACAAUCUUUUCUGGAUCAGAAGCUAUAGGUGAAUACAACAAUCCCGAUUUGAUGAAGGGUAUGUUUCCUACUUUAUUUCCUUUUGGCAAAGGAGGCUUUGAAGAACCACAACGGAAAGUUACUGUUGCCUUUGAUACGCACGCGAAUUACUUUCUUGAUAUUGGAGACCGAUCGUUCUGGUGUCAUAACUCCUUCAUCUUCGUUGCUAUGAACAUUAUUCAGCGGCGUCAGGCUCAUCUGCAUACACAUUUCACCGUCAAUUCAGCAAACUUUGAUGCUGUAUCAGAUGUCAUCGAAGGUAUAAAGCCGGCGACGUUAAAGGCGGUGGUGGCAAAGCAUCUCGAGGAAGAAGGGAAGGUUGCUGACUUGACAGCAGAAGAGAAGAAGGUGUUCACGCUUUUGUCUAAGGUGAAGACGAUCGCUGCGAAAGUAACUGGAUCAGAAGCUUCAAAGAUUACUUAUCGAAACGAGAUAAGGUCGUACUGUGGACAUUUUGGCAUACCUCAUAUAUUUUUCACUGCUAAUCCGUCUCCACAGAACAGUCCUGUUUUUCAGUUGAUGUGCAGAGACACUGCUAUCAAUCUCGAUGAGCGUUUUCCAAAGAUGGCAGAUUAUGUAAAACGUUGUACUAGGUUAGCGGACGAUCCUGUGGCAGCUUUGGAUUUCUUCAAUUUUUCUUGUAAGGCUAUGAUGUGUUGCCUUUUUGGAUGGGAUUUUAAAAAGAGGAGAUCUUCAAGAGAAGGCGGAAUUUUAGGACAUUUGAAAGCAUUUUAUGGAACGACUGAA